UACUUUGUAGUAGCCAGCCAUUAUCAUCAUUGAUAUUGGUGCUACGAAGUCGGCGAAUCCUUUCCUGUUUUCACGGUGUUGUUCGGCAAGCAGAUCGCCUGGCCGACGGUGCAGUGCAGUGCUCAAGGCCGAGGACGAGGCUCGCGGACUAGAGACGAGUUUGUCGGCUAGCGGUUGAGCGGAGAGGCGCGCGCGGCCCGUUCGAAUCGCGGUGCGAAUUUUCCGAGUGCUCCAAAGUGUGCAGACAGAAGCAGUGUCUCCGCCUUCUUUUUUUCUCGAGGCCCCGACCAACACUUCCAGGGCACCCGGCGAAUGUCCAUUCAGCGGAUGAAAGGCCAAGGCAGCCAAGCGACGAACGGCCCUAAGGACCACGUGAACGAGCACGAGGAUUUCGAGACAUGGCGCACCCAGCAGCAUCACCCGCAGCAAGGCUACAACACGCCGAUUUCGACGUCUAUGGGCACCUCGGAUCCGUACCUUUCCAACUACUACGGCACAACGUCCUUUCCGUACCAGGCAUUUGGGGUCAACGAUGGCACCUGGUCCAACGGCGGCGACCCGAUGACCUUCCUCGGCGGCUACGGCGGACAAAUGGCCGCUGCGGCCGCCGCCCACGAGUCGUACAACAUGGAGGGCAUGUUCGGCACUGGAGGAUUCGGCACCUUCAACCAACCAGCAGCGGGGACUUUUAAUUACUUUCCGGGCAGUGGGGCGACUGAUUACUCAACAUGGGGUGGCGGAGCAGGAGGGGGUGGUUUAGGACGUAAGCAACACUACGAGGAUUACUAUCGUGCCGCUACCGAGGCAUCAGGAGGUGGCUACAUUCCCCAGCAGCAAGCUCAGCAGCCAGGUGAUGACAGAGUAAAAGCUGUCGAGCAAAGCAUGCAAGGUUUGGGCCUUGCAGACAAGGAUAAGGACAAGGACCUCAAAGACGGACAACCCCUUCAGGGUGGUUCUGCCAAGAAGCUGACGUGGGCUUCCGUUGCAAGCACACCUGCUAAGCCGACGCCGCAGGUGAAGAAGAAGGCUGGCGGGCUUUUGCCACCACCGAUGCUGCAGACCAAGCACAACAUGGACAUCGGCACUUGGGAAGCAAAAAAUGGAGGCGCUGCCCUGAAACCAGUGGCUCCUCCGUCAGCGCAACCUCGAGCCACCUGGGCAACCACUCCUGUGGCAAUGCGAGGACGGGCGCCACAACUUGGACCUCCGCAGCAGCAGCAGUACCCCGCCGUGGCCCCUGGCAUGACCGUUGCUCCACCUGUUAUUCAUCACGCCAUGCACCCUCCGCAACCAGAUUUCUGUUCUAUGGCUCAACCGCCACCACCAUUACCCCAAAUGCAAAGUCAGAUUCCUUCCCCAUUGACCCCUACCGUUCCUGCACCAUCACACCCCAUUCUAGAUGAACUGAGGGAGAAGAACAAUUACAAUCCCCCGGACUAUGACCUUUCAGCUAAGGGUGCCAGGUUUUUUGUCAUCAAGUCGUACUCCGAGGAUGAUAUACACAGGUCGAUAAAGUAUGAGAUUUGGUGCAGCACGGAGCACGGAAACAAACGACUGGAUGCGGCGUUUCGGGAGCGGGAGGCGGCCAAGGGCUGCGUGCUUUUGUUUUUCUCUGUGAAUGGCUCAGGCCACUUCUGCGGCAUGGCCGUAAUGACGUCACCAGUGGACUAUCACGCAAGCUCUAGUGUGUGGUCUCAGGACAAGUGGAAGGGCCAGUUUCGCGUGCGCUGGGUCUACGUCAAGGACGUUCCCAACGUGCAGCUGCGCCACAUAAGGCUCGAGAACAACGAAGGCAAGCCGGUGACCAACUCGCGCGACACGCAGGAAGUGCCCUUUGAGAAGGGACGCCAGGUGCUCAAGAUCAUGCACCAGUACCGACACUCCACCUCCAUAUUCGACGACUUUUCCCACUACGAGAAGCGGCAGGAGGAGGAGGACCUCCGCAAGAAUCAGCAGCAGCACCAACAACAGCCGCCGCCAAAAGAACGAGGUGAAGGUGGGGGUCGAGGACGCGGCCGAGGCGGCCCUCCGAGGAACUGAGGAAAGAGCAUCAGCCAAUUUUCUGCCAUUAUCCUGAGAUCCUUUUUGCAUAAAAACACAUACACACACAGACACACACACACACCUAAUAAUGCUUGUCCAUUGUUACUCAAAUAGCUCGUGUAUUUUGAAAAAAAAAGCAAAAUGGCCGCCUAUAAACAGUCUCAAUUUGGCUGGGUUUCUUGCGUUUUUGACUAAUUUGUUAACUCACUUAUUUUUUAAUCGAAUAUUAUUUUUCUUAUAAGCUGUUAUUGAAAGUGCCUUUGAUUUUAACUUUAUUUUUCCAAGGACAUUAUAAUUAUUUUCCCCUUACAAAAAGCGGACGUAACUUAUGAAAAAUUUCAAGUGCGUUCCAACUUUAUUUUCUUUUGUCUGUUGAUUAUUGAACGAUUAGAUUGUGGGGCUUAAAGUUGAACCAGCUGACUUAGAUUGUUAGAAUUGUCUUGUUGUACUUUGGGACUUGUUUUCUAUAAAAGAAUGGGCUGGCCUAAAGACAUUUUCCACAUCUUUCUCGCAAACUUCACUCCUAAUUAAUUGAGCUGUUCAAUUGACGUGUAUUAGAGAGAAAAAAAAUUGGAGCACCCUUUGCAAAUGAAGAGCUGCUUGAAAGUUGGUGAACGAUGAAGAAAAAGGAGAAGAGCGGCCCGGUAUCUGUCCAGACCUGUAGUUUCUUCGAAAAGUGCUUUUGAAUUAACGUUUCAAAUUAUAAAAGUGGUUGGUUUUUGUGGUGGUUUGUGACUCGUAUAACAUAAAAUCAUGGUUACUGGUUUGUUGAACUUCUUAAAUUACAAUGAAUUCUCCCUGCCGCAGUGAAUAAUCAAACAAAAGAAGACCCUCUUUAUUGGACAUUUAGUGCGACGGUUGAAGAACUUAAAAAAAAAAUAUUUAUCAAAUCCUGUUCUGUGAAAACACUAUCUGAAAAUGAACUGAUUGACUUUUUCUAAACAAAAAACAAACUUAUCCUGCUUUUGUUGCAAAUUUGAUUAUUUUAUUCAAUUUCGAGAGGAAAAGACAAACAAGUGUUAUCGAUUGAAUUUGAACUGUUGCAAUUUCUUGAUAUAAAAUCUGAACUCGAAUGGACUUCAGUGAAGCUGUGAAAAGUGAACAAGUGUCUACUUCAAGGACAAGAAAAGAGGAAAAAAAGAUACUGAAGUUGUUUGACGAAAGAACGAUCAAUCGGCUUAAAACAAAAAAAGUUACACCUCGAAUCAUUUUUGUAGGAAGCCUUGUUGUUCUCUGUCCUUUAAUUGGCAAACCCGAGAGUAAAAAAUUCCUACCGAUUCUAAUCACGACGAUAAUAACGAAGAUGAAUUGCGUACUUCCUCAACCACUUGUUGAUUUCUUUUUGAAUGGAAAGUGAACUAAUAAUUAUUAUUGGAGAAAAUGGAAAAAAAACCGUUCAUACUUAUGUGUGUUGUAUAAUUAUGGUCGCCAAUAUCAUAAAAGGAAAAGCACCUCUAUUGGCUACAUAACAUGA